AUGUCGGAUUUCUUCUACGCUGGCAAGGAGAAGUUGAAUAGCUCUGAGUGUAACCAUGGGGUGAAUCUCAUGAAGUUCAGGGAACUGCCAAUCGGACCUCUUUCAAAAGGUAAUGAACCUGCACCUCGUAGUGGUCAUCGAAUAUUUUUGGACGACGAGUUUUUAUACGUUGUCGGAGGAUUUGAUCGGACCGCCGACGAACAGGGUGAGGGAGAGAAGCUGGCUACCUACGGACAUGCAAUGCUGCGCGGUUCGGAUCCAUGUUCUUUUUAUGUUAUCGGUGGUACAACGGGACACAAUUUCUUCCUAGAUGUUGACAAAUUAACCUUCGCAAAUGGAAAAUGGAGAUGGUCUAGCGAAGCGCAAGCUACUCCUAACAUGGAAGGACGGUACCGCCUUGAAGCUGUUUUGCAUGACGAUCUCAUCUUCCUUUUUGGUGGUGGUCGUCCUGAUUACGUUACUGAACUUCGCACUAUAACAGUAUUUGACACCAAGAAAAAAGUGUUUGUUGAUUUACCAACUCUUCCUGAUGAAAGCAUAGGCAGUGCCAAUUGGGAAGAUGGAUACCCGAAAGGAAGAAGGUGUCAUUCGGUGACGAAAUGGAAGAGAAAGGCCAUACUCGUUGGAGGUUGCAGUGCUGAUAAAGACGACGACGAUGUCAGACACGUAGACAUGUACAGCGAUGUGUGGUCGUUUGAUUUGGAUACCUAUCAAUGGAAGAGAAUGCCAUUUGACCUAGCUACCCCG